AGAGAGAGUGUGUAUGUAGUGAAUAGCUAAGGAGGUUAGAGAGAAAGAGGAGAGAGAGAGAUGGAUCAAGAUCACGAGUUAUGGAGGACGCUAAGAUGCGCCAGUAAAGCACAAGAUAAGACUUCUGUUGAUUCUCUCAUGCUUAAGUACCGUCCGAUCGCUCCAAAGCCGACGACCACUGGUCAACCAUUUGUCGGAAGCACGAGCACGACAAGAACGAAGAGAAAGUACGUUAGGGUUUCUAAAAACAAUAAAGCCACGUGUCGAUCAAAGAACGACGUUAGAUCUAGCUCAACAGAUCCAGAGAAUGGUCGGGAAGAUCUCGUGACGCUACAGCUCAUGCCGGAGAGAUCUACACCGUUGAGUUUGGAUCUUAAUAAUUUUGAUCCAACGGUAAAAACAAUAAUCGGAGAUGGAACCUGUAAAACCGGAACGUGGCUAAAGUUCAACGGCGGAGAAGACGCAGUGCAUCAGGGUCCGGUGGAGACGUGGGUGACGGUGGAGUCCGUAAACGGUGGCUCCGCUUCCCAUGCGGUAGGGUGUACGGACGAGGAGAUUGCGGAGGCUAUAGAUAAAGACACGCGUCCUGCUUUCAUAUCGGACGGUUCGAACCGUGUGGUUAUGGUGAACGAAUCUUACCGGAAGACUGUAACCGGAGACUAUGGGUUUGGAGGAGAGCCGUCGUCGUUGUUGCCGGAAGUUAUUGUAUGGUUGGUGGUUGACCAAACGGCGACGUUUUACGAGUACAGAACUUUCACGUGUAAGGUGAGGCUUGAAUACACGUGGCGAGAGACGAAGUAUGUUAAAACGGUGCCGUGUGAUGUGUGGAAGAUGGAGUUUGGUGGAUUUGCAUGGAGGCUGGACACCACUGCAGCUUUAACUCUUUGGCUGUGAGUUAGAGAUGCGCGAAGAGAAUCAGGACGAGUUAGUUUCGUGGUAAACGGUUUGCGGCUGUAAGUACGGUCCGGGUUCGACUUGCACUUGCCACCAGAGAAUUUACAUGCGGACUUGCUCUGGCGCCUGAGACCGAAGACCGUUGUCUGGCCAUGAUCCACCCUUGGGUGUGCGACCGCGCCGCUAAAAAGUUCAAUCUCUAGUCUGAACCACCACGGUGGGCCAGGACACUCGGUUAUAAAAAAAAAAAAUGUCUCACAGAGGUAUCCAUUUAUGCGUAAUAUAUGGUUGAACUGUAUUGGAACACUAUCUUAUUGCACGUAGUAACAUA